CAUCAUUUCCUAGUGGUAGAGUUACACACAAACUUGAACCCUGUUCUCCAGAGCUCUCAGGCUCUAGGACAUGGAGGCCCAUGUGACCAUUCUCUCAAAUGUCUAAGCUCCAAGAUAACCGAGCGAAAGCUACAAGGCUCCUGGCUGCCUGCGGGCCGAGGGCCACUGGAGAAACCGGUCCUGGGGCCACGUGGUGCCAUCAUGCCCAUGUUCAACCCUCAGAGUGGUCUUCGCUCAGGCCGCGCCGAGCACAGCCCGCUGAAGCCCCGGGUGGUGACGGUGGUGAAGCUGGGCGCGCAGCCCCUCCGUAAGGCCACCCUGCUCCUCAACAGGAGGUCAGUUCAGACCUUCGAGCAGCUCCUAGCAGACAUCUCCGAAGCUUUGGGUUUUCCAAGAUGGAGGAGCGACCGUGUGAGGAAACUGUUCACCCCCAAGGGCAAGGAAGUCAGGAGUGUGUCUGACUUCUUCAGGGAGGGUGAUGCUUUCAUUGCCAUGGGCAAAGAGCCACUGACACUGAAGAGCAUUCAGUUGGCUAUGGAGGAGCUGUACCCCAGUAAGAACCGGGCCCUCACCCUGACCCCGCACAACUGGGUCCCUUCCCCAAGGCCGAAGAGCAGACAGCCCAGCAAGCUUCUGAAAGGAGGUCACCGCUGUGGGGAGAGCGGGAAUGGUGGCGACCACAUGGGGAGCAGCAGGGUGGCCACCAGGCAGCAGGGGAAGACGAAUGUGGAGCUGGCCCCGGAGGACAAGCUGAGGGUCCAGAAGCGGUGGGCAAGGGGGCAGCAGGAGCCCGGAGCUGGUGGUGGCCAGCCUCCCAAGGAAGCCACGCUGGAGGAGAAGCACGCAAGUGGGGAGCAGCACCUCGGGGUGGACAUCGAGAAGACCUCCGGGGAGAUGGUGAGGUGCGAGAGGUGCACACGGGAGAGGGAGCUGCGGCUGGGCCUGCACAGGGAGCGGCGGCCCCUGGGCCCCGGUGAGCCGGACGUGGGAAAGGGGCCGAGGCGCGAAGCCGCCACCACUGAGAAGCUGGUGAGGACCAAGAGCUGCAGGAGGCCUUCUGAGGCCAGCUCUGCAGACGGAGAGGAAGGGCGGAGAGGUGACAGCCAUUGGGGCAGCCCCAGGAAUCCCACUGAAGAGCUGAGAAGCCCGACCAGUAGCAGCUCGGACAGGAAGGAGGAUGGAAAUCCAGAGAGUCAAAGCAGCCAUCCUCCAGGAACGGCCAAGACCCAGAAAGAUCCUGCGGAAGGACCGCCGGUCAUGGACGAGGGGCCCAGGGACACGAAGAAAGACACCAGGCAGGCUUGCAGGAACAAACAGGGCGGCUGGCUCCUGCGGGAGCAGCAGGCUGAGCCCCCGCAGCUCCCCAGAGCCCAAGAGGACGAGAAGGAAGCGGAUAAGGAGAAGAGGCCGGCAGGAUCUGGAGGAAGGAAGAGCGCCGCGGAGAAGGAGAGCAAGGCGAGGCCCGAAGACGGCAAGGCGGAGUGGUCCAGCGGCCGGAGGCUGCGAGCCGCGGGCAUCGCCGCGGCCGACGUGGAGAAGCGCUAUGAGACUGGCAGGGUCAUCGGGGAUGGGAAUUUUGCCGUGGUCAAGGAGUGUAAGCACCGCGACACCAGGCAGACGUAUGCCAUGAAGAUUAUUGACAAGUCCAAGCUCAAGGGCAAGGAGGACAUUGUUGAUAGCGAGAUCUCAAUCAUCCAGAGCCUCUCUCACCCCAACAUAGUGAAAUUGCACGAGGUCUAUGAAACAGAAACAGAAAUCUACCUGAUCAUGGAGUAUGUGCAGGGAGGGGACCUUUUUGACGCCAUCAUAGAAAGCGUGAAGUUCCCAGAGCCCCACGCUGCCCUUCUCAUCACGGAUCUGUGCAAGGCCCUUGUUCACAUGCAUGACAAGAACAUCGUCCACCGGGACCUCAAGCCAGAAAACCUCCUGGUUCAGCGCAACGAAGACAAAUCGACCACCUUGAAGCUGGCUGACUUUGGUCUUGCGAAACACGUGGUGAGGCCCAUCUUUACUGUGUGUGGAACCCCGACAUAUGUAGCUCCUGAGAUUCUGUCGGAGAAAGGUUAUGGCCUGGAGGUGGACAUGUGGGCUGCUGGCGUGAUCCUCUACAUCCUCCUGUGUGGCUUCCCACCUUUCCGCAGCCCUGAGAGGGACCAGGAGGAGCUCUUCAACAUCAUCCAGCAGGGCCACUUUGAAUUUCUCGCCCCUUACUGGGACAACAUCUCCGAUGCUGCCAAAGAUCUGGUGAGGCAUUUGCUGGUGAUAGACCCCAAAAAGCGGUAUACGGCCCACCAGGUCCUUCAGCACCCCUGGAUCGAGACCGUUGGACAGAUCAGUCUGGGGAACCCACAGAAAGAGGAUCCCCCCAGCGGUGAAGGCCAAAUCCAGAGCCAGCACAAGAGGCUUGCAGAACAGGCGUCCUAGUCCUGCCUCGGGCACCUCUCUGGUCUCAGAUCUUCUCAUGGACACAGGAUCUGCAGGCAAGACACUAAGAGACACUUCCUCUUGCGGCUGGUAAUGAGGACUGAGGACACGGAGCACACUUUAAAAACAAACUGAGUCCUACCGUUAAAUGUUGCACCAUACUUUUAGAUUUAUAUAUCCAAAGACUUUAAUACUUUUUGGUUAAGAAUUGUAACCAGUGAGGAAUUUUGGUACUAAUGCUAUACUCUGGUUCCAUGUAAUCAAGUUCACAGUGUAUUGCACAAGUGGCGCUUCCCAGUGUCUAAGGUCCCCCAUGCAAUGAACGAAGCGGACCACGGCCAUUCUGUGUUGACACACGCGCGGACUAACAGAGUGGGAUCUGGACUCUGAAGACUUGAUGCUAGUGGUGAAUGAAACGCUCAGUUUUGUCUCCUGAGGCCAUUGUGACUAUACCUAAGUGUGACAGACAUUUGAGGGAUGGGCAAGAACUCUUUACAUAUAGAAUGUGUUAACCCAUGUCCCCAGCAUUUUAGACCCAACGGAAAAAUCAGCUCUGGUACAACCUGAGAACUGGACGGAAGAGGGCUGGGGAGAUGGGCAGCAGUUAAAGGCACUCGCUUGCAAAGCCUGCUGGCCCAGAUUCGAUUCCCCAGGACCCACAUACAGCCAGAUGCACAAAGCGACACAUGCAUUUGGAGUGUGUUUGCAGUGGCUGGAGGCCCUGGUACAUGCUAGCUCUCUCUCAAAUAAAUAAAAAAUACACAUAUUUUUUAAAUUGGAAGAAAUCACCGAAUCAUUCUUGCACCUGUAGCAUAGUUAUGCUGGUUUUUUUUUUUUUUUUUUUGACCUCCACUAUCCUUGAUCCUGACUCACUUUUAUAUGGAGUCAGGCCUGCAAGCUGCGAUGACGUUAUCAUUUUCAGAUCAGAAGGGAGCCAUUGAGCUGACUAAUAUAUCAGAAAGGCAGCGAGUGGCUCCCUCAGGAACUGGAAGAGGCUCUGAGUCUGGUCUUAUUCCCAUCUGCAGAGCAUAUACGCAAAGGGCAUGGAAUAAACACUCCAGACUUCAGAUGAUGCUGGGAGUGAGUGGGAGCUGAAAGAGUAAUUUUUUUUUCUCUUGAUUUUGCUCGAAUUGCUCUUUCCAGGUCUUGUGUGACCUGCUCAAGCAGUCCAUAGGCUCAGCCAGAACACAGGCUUCUCGUCCUUUCCCUGUCUUCUCUGUCAGCUUUUCCAUUACGUGGGUGGAAAAGCAGUAACAACACUGGAGAAUUUAGUCAAGAGUUACUUAAACAAGGUGUUGGGGAACAGACCAAGCUAUGGUUGAGAGACAGCAGCUGCACGGAUCAGCGUCCAUUCCCAGGUAGACAACAGGCCGGGGUUAUCAGUGCCUAGAAGCUUGGAGAAGAAACACCUUGUAGUGGAGGCUACAGUCGGCCACCCAGAUGUUCUUUCAGAUGGGAAGGACAGAAACUGGCUUGCAGCUGGUAGACAGCUCUUAGCUGUUAGCUCUAGACCUGUCACGGGCAGGCUCUACACAGUGACUGGUCCACAUAGGUGGCUUAACACCUGCCCCUUGUGUGAACAAUGCUGAAGAGAUGCCCAGCUUCUAAGUCCUUACAUGCAUUGUAGCCCAGCUUCUUUCUUCCUUGGUCAGUUUUGUCUUUAUGGUCAGAGGAGCUGAGCCAUUACAUAUGUUUUGAGUGAUAUUCUGAACCUCAGGGUUGGCUUUCCAGGGACUGAGAAACAUAAUAAAAAGUUACCCCUAGAGAUCCAAAACAUGGCAGAGAUCACCAGCCGGCGACUCACCCAGUGAUCUCCCAGCAUCUAGGCUCCACCACAUAACUAAUGAGGUGAACCAUGGUCUUUCUGUGUUAGUAAAACAUGUUCUCAAUAACAGAAGGGGGUCUGUACCAUGAUGACAUUAACACUGGAGGUGAGAGCCAGGGAAUUAUAGUUCAACACAGGCAUGUUCAGAGUUUUGACGGUUGUGGGGUACUUUAUAUCUUGGGGUAACUUCCCAUUUCCAUCUCAGAACAACACAGAGACCAGCAGGCAUGAUUCUGUCCUUCCCCAAACACACCUGAGUUGAAGAUUCUGCUGCCUAAACGGUUAGAACUUCAUGAUUGUGGAGAGUAGUUGAGACGCUGCAAAUUGAGAGCCAAAAUUAUUAGUCUCCUGAACAUACAUUAAUCUGUAUGUAUCUGACCUAGCGUCUUUGAGCUAUCAGAUAAAGCCUUUUUGAAUGCAUUAACAUGGCAGACCACUAGCUUUCAUCAGCCCCAAAGCCAAGAAUGUUAUGAAAAUGUCUGAAAACUUCCAGAAGCGAUUUCCCCGCUUUGCUGUAACCUGCCCGUCUGAUGCUGCCACCCGUGUAUUUGGUACUUGCACUAACUUACGGCUUUGUUCUAUUGUGCAACUCUAAAAGCUUGUGUAAUCACUCCUGUUACGGAACGUGUCAUCUAGUGCAACUUCAAUCCGUGUAACCAGGCCAUGGCCACUCAUAUUUAGCUCAGAAUAAAUGAUUUCCUCAUCCCUUUGGA